AUGCCUCUUUUGAUAUUAUGCAAAAUUUCUCUUUUUGUCAAACGUUUUCAUGUCAUGUUGAGAUUCAAAACUGUGACAUUAAAAGUUACAUUAAAACUUAGGUACUUGUCGACGCAAAGCAAGCCUCCAACAUUUCAAACAUCUGGAAACAAUUUUUUGUUUUGUUGCAAAAAUGAACCAAAUUUAUUGGUCAAUAUUUUGAAAAUAAAACAAGAGACGUAA